CAAAUGGGCUAGGGCUAUGAAUUGAAGGUCCAUCAUUCUAUUCCAAACAAUGAUCCUAACAGGGGUCAAUUAGAAAACAUUAAUCUUGGUGGGAAAAUUUGCCAAGAGAGCAAAAUUAACACAACCCUAAAUUUGUGCCCUAAUUUCUCAUACGAAGGCAGAUUAUCCACACAUUUCGGCGGGUAAUUUAUCUUUUCGCUGCUUGGCGACCGACGACCUCCGCGGCGAUUCGAUUGAGAGCUUCGGCAGCGGGAAAGGUUUUUGCAAGUGAUGAUGUUGAUGAAUGAGAGCGAGUGGGAAAUUGUUCAUAUCCCUGAGAAGCCACAUAUUCCAACUCACCAACAACCCACAGAUAGUGGAUGUUUAUGCUGCUAUAGUUGACCCAAAGCAUGCUAACACCCUUGUAAGAAAGUUAAAUCAAAUAGCACCACUAGAAAAUCUCCGCCAUGUGAAACGUGUGCGCAAGCAUUUUCUUGAGGGAGGGAAAUCUCAGUUAUCAGUGAUUUUAUGUCUAGCAUGUGGAAAUGGAUCCCUUCUGGAUGGCAUUCCUAAUGGUGUAUUGGAGCUUAUCAAUUUAUACCAGUUGAGUGCUUUUAUUACAAAAGUUUGCAGAUACGCUGCAUUAUCAAAAGAAGAGUGGGAAGAACAGUGCAAGCUAUGGCCAACUUCAUUUCACCCACCAACCUACAACAUUGAUGGCAUUACUGGAUUUAGUGUUGAGGAUUCCCAUUCGAUUGUCAACUUCAUGAAUCUUGCUGUUCAUAUGGCAAAAUCUGGUGAUGGUCAGCUUGUUAAUGCUGCCAUCAUUGUGGACCCUUCAACUAAGGAGUUAAUUGCACGAGCAUGUGAUCAAACGCAUAUUCCGCAACCUAUGAUAGGGCAAACAGGUGCAGAAACCUGCUUCCUUAAAGAGCAAGAAGCUUAUACUUCUGACCCUCUUGCUGGUAGAGAGGAAAACCAUGAAAUUCUGCUUCCAAAUUCUUCAUUGGAUGAACCCAGGCAAUUGUAUACUGGUGUUGCUUGUUUAUCUCCUCGGCGGUGGGCUGAGAAACAACUGCACACUUGUAUAAGGCACCCUUUAGGACAUGCUGCUAUUGUAGCUAUUGAACAUUCUGCUGCCAGGGAUAGGCGUCUUUUCCCUGCUAUUGGACAUGCUGGAGGUGACUCUGCUCAAAUAGAUCAUACCGUGUCUUCUUUAACAGCCUCUCCAGCAAAAAGACAAAGGACCAAUCUUAAAGAUGUUGAGGAUGGUGAAAAAGUGCAUUCUCAUACCAAUGGUUUUCACUCUGAGUUGGUCAGACCCUAUUUAUGUACAGGCUAUGAUAUCUUCCUUGUUUGGGAGCCUUGCACAAUGUGUUCUAUGGCACUCGUCCAUCAGAGAAUUAGGCGCAUAUUUUAUGCCUUUCCAAACCCAAACGAGGGUGCGCUUGGAAGUGUUCACAGACUGCAAGGGGAAAAAAGCUUAAAUCACCACUAUGCUGUUUUUAGGGUCGUAUUGCCUGCAAAAAUCCUCGAGGCUGGCGGAUCCAUAGUUUCAAAUUCUUGUGAGGAUGACAAUAAGACAACUUGAUUUCACCAAAAGAUUAUGGUUAUUUGCAUUGUCAUCUACAUUUAUGACCUUUGCGCAGCCCUCAGCUUGAGCUUGUGACUGCGGUGGUCCAUUUGAGUACAGGGAAUUGUUUUGUGGCGCUCUGCUAUCAUUGCUUAAUUCCUCGUCACUCUCUUUUUCUGAAGGAUGCUUGUUCCAAACUUCUUCUGUAUCCUCAUUCUCCUCAUUUUGAUAUUGUUGUAACGUAUCAGAAUAAUUGAUUUUUGGUCGAUUAGCAAUUAGUUUACAUUUAUUUGUAAUUGUAGAGUAGUUUUACAACUUCCCAUACAGAUCACAUGGUAGUGCCACCGACCUUAGUGUUGCUCCCUUACAAGUUUCUUUACUAAAACGACGUCGUUUUGGUUGGGACAAUGUCGUUUUGGCUGGAACCCAAAACAACGUUGUUUUGGUAGUUGGGAAUGCGAGUUUAUUUGCAGUCCAAAUUGAAAUUAGCUUUCCUGUAAA